AUGUUAGUCGUCGAGCUGAUCCAGAGUUUUGCUCGUGGUGCGACUCACCACCCUCUUGAACAAUUGCUCAAGUUUAUUGCCCUGGUUGUCUUCUUUUAUCUAAUUACCAAUGAGGUAGUUCGGCUCAGGGCCCGUUUACCCGCUUGGCGUGGCCCAAAUGGAAUCCCCGUCGUCGGAAAUCUGCGUCAGCUCGGCGGAAAUGCUUCUCAAAAGUAUCGGGAAUGGGCAAAGGAGUAUGGUCCAGUAUACCAGGUUCAGCUAGGCAAUCUGCCAGUUCUGGUUGUCAAUACUGCUGCUGCUGCCAAAGUCAUGUUCGGGAACAAUUCCCAAGCAACUGCCUCUCGCCCUGAGCUGUACACUUUCCACAAGAUAGUCGCAAAUACUGCCGGUACCACGAUUGGCACAUCCCCGUACAACGAGUCUCUCAAGAGAAGGAGAAAGGGUGCGGCAUCUGCCCUCAACCGACCUUCCAUCGAGACAUAUAUUCCUCACCUGGACUUGGAGACGAGAGACUUUCUCAAAGAUGCUCUCAGCUACGGCCAAGGAGGGGCUCUGCCAAUCGAUCCUAUGCCUCUUGUCCAAAGACUUAGUCUUUCUCUGGCUGUCACACUCAACUGGGGUGUAAGAGUUCCCAGUCAUGACGACGGACUAUUCAAGGAGAUCACUACGGUCGAAGGCGAGAUCAGCCGCACCAGAAGCGUUACCGACAACGUGCAGGAUUACAUUCCUCUAUUGAGACUCAACCCCUUCUCUACUGGCAAGCGCAAUGCCGUAGAGAUGAGGUCCCGUCGAGACAAGUACUUGUCCAAGCUAAACGACGACCUCAAGGAGAGGAUCCGUAAUGGGACCCACAGUCCUUGUAUCCAGGCAAACGUUAUGCUCGAUGAAGAAGCAAAACUCAACAAUGUCGAGCUGACCUCUAUCAGCCUGACGAUGCUUUCGGCUGGGUUUGAGACAUUCACCGCAGUCUCGACAUGGGGUAUCGCGUUCUUGGCCAUACAUCCUGGGAUUCAGCAAAAGGCUUUUGACGCCAUUCGGGAAACCUACCACGAGACAAAUCCACUUUGUGACGCGUAUGAUGAUCAGACGGUCCCUUAUGUUCGCGCUUUCGUGCGUGAAUGCUUAAGAUAUUUCACUGUCCUCCGACUCUCUCUGCCCCGUUCCACAAAUAAGGAAUUUAUUUAUGAGGGUAAACCUAUUCCCAAGGGCACGAUGAUAUUCCUCAACUCCUGGGCCUGCAACAUGGACAAAGAGCUGUGGCACGAUGCCGAGAUCUUCCGCCCCGAGCGCUGGUUGGAGAACCCCGAAGCUCCUAUGUUCACUUAUGGAAUGGGUUACCGCAUGUGCGCCGGGACUAUUCUGGCUAAUCGCGAGCUGUACACCACUUUCCUCCGUAUGCUGGCCAGCUUUGAGCUGUCCUCAACCACCAAGAUUGAUACAGACCCCAUUACCGGAGCCGCCGACUUGACAAACUUGAUCAUCACGCCGGCACACUACAAAGUCACCUUCACGCCCCGUAAUGAAACGGCGCUGAGGGCAGCAUUGGCCACUGAGAAUACACACUAA